UAUCGGUAAAAGGUUGCACGCAAAACGGCAACUUCAAGUGUCCGGAUACGAGGUGCACUUUCCAACACAAUGGCGGUCGUCUACGAAGUCGUCGUGACGUGCGAGCCCGCGGUGGCGGACCGCUUGGCCGAGUACAUGACGGAGCGCCACUUGCCGCAGAUCCUCGCGACGGGCUGCUUUUCGUCCAUUGCGUUUGAGCAGAGCACGCUCCACAGCUACCGCACGCGGUACCUCGCCGACUCGCAGCUCGACCUCGACCGGUACUUUGCCGAGCACACGGCGGCACUGCGCGACGACUUUGCCAAGCAUUUUCCAUCCGGCAUCACGUCCGUCGAGCGCGUCAACUGGAACGUUCUGCGCACGUACCGCCGCGAGACCGAGUCCGCCAAGUGACGUGAUACGCUCGCUCUAUCCGUGCCCCCAUGAUCCUCCCUAGGGGUUUGCUUCUUAAGCCAAAGGACGGAAUAGAGCGCUUUAUUGUUUUCUCGCGAUUAA